GUCAGCAUAAAACCGGUGCCCCAUCUUUUGCAUCAGUAUACUGCGCUUUCGCCUUCCCUGUGACAAACUUCAACUUUGCAUAAACCGCAGCUGCAGUUGACCCAGCACUCAGCACAUUGCUUCAUUUGCUGGUUGCGCACUAUAUUAUUUACCUUUGAAGUCUAGCGAUUUACAGAAACCAAUCAUGAGCUCCGAGCAGCAGCCCGCUGUCCAUGGCGCGAACAGCGACGAUGCAGUGGUGCAAGAGGCGCGCGCUCAGCUUACAGACGUGGAGGCGACGGCCGUUUCGGUCUCCAAGUUCCGUGUGGCGGGGGCCAGCCUGCGGCGGCCCGACGGCAGCCCCUUCUUCGACGCAUCCUUCGACGCGCAGCUUUGCAACGCUGUCCUGCCCCAGGAGGAGCAGGCCGCACUGCUCGGCCUGUUCCAAGACCACAUGGUCGCCGUACUGGCCAUGCGUACGGCAGAGAUUGACGAGCACGUCAUGGCGGCGGUUGGCGGCGGCAGUAGCAGUGGCGGCGGAGGCGCCAACGGCAGUAGCAGUGGCAGUGGCGCCAAUGGCAGUAGCAGGGGAGUGCGGCAGCUGGUGAUCCUGGGUGCGGGUCUGGACAUGCGCGCGUGGCGGCUGCCGCUGGAGGUGGCGGGGCCCGGCAGUAGCAGCGACAGCGGCAGCGGCAGUAGCAGUGGCGUCACGGUGUUUGAGCUGGACUCAGGCUCCACGGAGUCCCUCAAGACGCGGGUGAUGGGCGCCGCGCCGCCACCCAGCCGCUGCCGCCGCGUGUUCGUACAAGUGGACCUGGAGGCGCCGGAGCAGGCUCUGGAGCGGCUGCGGGCUGCGGGCUGGGACCCUGCCCAGCCCAGCGUGUUUGUGAUGGAGGGACUCAUCGGCUACCUCACCGCGGCAGCCGGCGACGCGCUGUUCCGCCGCCUGCGCUCCUCCGCCGCGCCCGGCAGCCGCCUGGUGCUCACCACGCCGCCCUCCGCCGCCUGGCGCGACGAGCUGCAGCGCACGCGCGGGGCCCGGCUGCACCACACCACAUUCGAGGAGCCGGAGCAGACGCUGGCCAGGGUUGUGGCUGCGGGCUGGUCGGGCGCUGAGCUGCGGACUGCGGAGGCGCUGGCAGCCAAGUACGGGCUGGCGGAGAACCGGCAGGGCGUCAUUGUGGCGGUCGUGUGAUGGUGACAUGUGUGUGUGUGUGUGUGCUGGGGGGGCAGAGGAUUGGGGAGGAUGGGGACCUAGGCUUAGGUAUGGCGAUAGAGGAAACCUAUGUGUCUGCUGUGUGUUAGGGGAUGGUGAUUUUGGAAUGCGGCGGGUGGGGAUGCAAAGGACAGGGUGGCAAUGGGGGCGCUGGGGGCGUGCGGUUGAUUACGGGGAGGCAGCAGGGGCAGGGUUGGGCACACGUACACGCACACGCACACGUGUCGGUAUGUUGCUGGCACCGCAUGACGUACGGACAGGUUGUUAGUUGGAGUCGACGUGUGGCAGCGAUGGAGGCGCGGGAGGCUACUGGUGCGGGGGCAGGGGGAGGUGAUGCGGCCGCCUCGUGCGUGUAGCAGGGGUCUUCCUGGCGUGUUUUCAUGGCGUGUCGACACACACCGCCAGCUGCGUCGAGGCAGUGUUUCGAUCUUCUGAACCCUUGGGCAUUCCCAGUUGAACACAACCCAAAGCAUGUGCGAGAGCGCUCGUCAUCGUUAUAUGCUGCAGAGGACAGUGAUACAGAGUGAUAAGCACUAGUGCAUGGUGCAAGGUGUGGAUGGCGUAGGGUGGUAGUGGAAAUGGAGGCAGUGGACUUGGGCGACUGGCACGAGAGGCAAUGGCUGGGUCGAAGCAAAGAGAGGAGCUUGUGGAAGUAGGGCUGUCCCGCGAGGAAGCGAGAAGGAAAUUAAGAAGUGAGGAGGGAUGUGUGUUCGCUUUGUGUGUAAUCUGUGCGUGCGUGUCUGAGUGGCAGCUGUGGCUGGAUGGCUGUGGCGCGUUGCAGUGCUGUAAGUAACCGAGACA